AUGGAGGAUCAUCUCUCCAUCGUCCUCCUGGGAAAAGCUGGAGCUGGUAAAAGUUCUUCAGGAAACACCAUCCUAGGACGAGCAGUGUUUGAGUCCAAACUAUCCUUCAGACCUGUGACCAGACUCACUUCUGUGGAAUCAGGAACUGUGUUUGGGAAGCAGAUCUCAGUGAUCGACACUCCAGAGAUAUUAGGUUCAGAGCGGCAGGUCCAGACCUUCUGUCAGCGUGUCCUGCAAGACUCCAGCCCUGUUCUGUUCCUGCUGGUGAUCAGAGUGGGUCGGUUCACUGACGAGAACUACAGGGCUGUGGAUGCAGCGAGCAGAGUGAUCGGGGCUCACAGGCUGGAGAAAUGUUACCUGCUCUUCACGGGUGGAGAUGAACUGAAGAUGUCAGUCGACGAUUAUAUUUUAAAGGAUAAAAAAAGUUUGCUUCCAGGUGUUGUCGAAAGGUUUUCAUGGAGAAUUCACCUGUUCAACAACAAAGAUGGAAGACAGGAACAAGUCAGAGAGCUGCUGAUCAAGACAGGAAACUCAGCAGCAGAUGUUGGUCUGCAGGAGGUUUUAGAUGAACAUAAGGUCAGUCUGAGGAGGAGAUGUGAACGUGUGACUGAAGGAAGUGAUGAAACAGGAAGUGAUGAAACAGGAAGUAGAACCCUCCUCAACAGGAUCUACACUGAGCUCUACAUCACAGGGGGACAGAGUGAAGAGGUUCAUACCCAACAUGAG